UCCAACACGAUUACUAGCGUGAGACUCAGCCGAGAAAUGUCAAAAACUACAAAGUUAACGAGGAAGUAGGAACAAAAUUCUGUCAGUGGUUAGCACAUUGUGAAACACUGCCACCUGUUGGAUACGAGGUUUUUUGUCAAUUUUAUGCAUGAAUAGAAACAAGUUUAAUACAAGUCUAUUGGGUAUUUCUAUAUUUUCUAUAUCUGAUGCGUAUUACGUUCCCAUGUAUUUAUUUACUGUAAUAGUAUUUAAUUUAUUAUUUAUUUUUUAAAAACAAAUUCUGGACACAAACACACACACAAACAUGCAUAUGUUCAAAAGUAUUUUUUUUCAUCCACUGUUUGAAUUUCUCUGUUGAGAUUCACCUCAGCGAUACCAACUGACAGCAGAGGGCAACAACACACCAGCAGCUCCUGUGUUUCUAGGAUUUACGCUUAAUCUGGUUUUCCUUCAUCAGCCGAUGAAAAAGGAGGCGACUUUUCUCUACACUGCAGUGGCAUUAUGGGAAAUGGUUUGAUGAAAUCGAAUCGUUACAAACUCCCAGAAUCCUGUAAUGGCCAGACACUCAGGGACAAUGAAGAAGUGGAGGCUCUAAGGUUACACAUGCACGAGCUGCAGGAGGAGGUCCGGAGGAAGGAGGAGGAGCUCCGCUGCAAAAGUCAGGAGGUCAGAGAUCUAAAGGAGCAGCUGGCUAAUCAGGAGCAGGCUCUGAUUGACCUGAGGGAGGAGCUUCACAACAGGUGUGUCGAGCUGGGCGAAUCACAGGAGGCCACGAAGAACCACGGCAGAGCCUCGCAAUCUGUGUCGUCCAAAGCCAACAGUGGUGGAAAAACAUGCUCCAAAGUCAAUGUCCCGAUCAAAGAGACAACAAACCGGAGAAAAGGAGCAAAAGCUGGAGUCUCCGCAGAACCCACAUCGAGAACUUACGACUGCAGCUCUCUGCCAAAGUUCUGCUUCGAGAAGGCACGGGUGCCCAAGGAUGUCAGUGUAAAGAAGUUGCUCACAGAUGCCCUACACAAGAACCAGUACUUAAAGCGACUAGAGCUGCAGCAGAUCAAGGACAUGGUGGAGUGCAUGUAUGAACGCAGCUACCAGGAGAGGGAGUAUGUCAUCACACAGGGAGAGCCGGGGAAUCACCUGUUUGUCCUGGCAGAUGGAAAACUGGACGUGUUUCAACACAACAAACGUCUGACGUCUAUGACUGUGUGGACAGCUUUUGGAGAGUUGGCUAUUCUGUACAACUGCACACGUACAGCCUCAGUGAAAGCUGUGAACAAGGUGCGUACGUGGGUGUUGGAUCGUGAAGUUUUUCAGAACAUCAUGAGAAGAACAGCUGAAAUGAGACAAGAACAACACCGUAACUUUCUCAGAAGUGUUUCUCUGCUGGCAAAUCUUCCUGAGGACAAACUGAGUAAAAUGGUGGACUGUCUGGAGGUGGAAUACUAUGAUAAAGGUGAGUAUGUGAUCCGUGAGGGGGAAGAAGGAAGUACUUUCUACAUCAUUGCACAGGGAAAGGUGAAGGUGACACAGACAAGUGAUGGACACAAAACACCACGUGUCAUCAACACACUGCAGAAAGGAGAUUAUUUUGGAGAGAAAGCUUUAAUCAGUGAUGAUGUCAGGUCAGCAAACAUUGUAGCGGAUGAAAAUGGAGUGGAGUGUCUGGUCAUUGACAGAGAGACCUUUGAUCAGACAGUAGGAACCUUUGAGGAGCUGCAGUCGUACCUAAAAGGCUACGUGGCAACACUCAGUCGUGACGACAAAAAGAGACUAGAGCGGAAGUCUUCACGUCACCCAAGUCAGCCGCUGCCUCCUGACGUUGUCCAGCUGAAGGACUUGGUCUCAACAUUCGUGUCAACACGACCCUUCGACCACCUUGAAACAAUUGGUACACUUGGAGUCGGAGGAUUUGGGCGAGUGGAACUGGUGAAGGUGAAGGGUGAAGAAAUCACUUUUGCUCUGAAGGUGAUAGAAAAGAAGAACGUGGUGGAGAACAGACAAGAGGAACACAUUCACUCUGAGAGGAGAAUCUUGGCUGAGGCUCGUUCCCCGUUUAUAGUCAGACUCUAUCGAACAUUCAAAGAUAAUAAAUAUGUGUACAUGCUGCUGGAGGCCUGUCUGGGUGGAGAGAUCUGGAGUCUGCUCAGAGACAGGUGCUACAGUUUCCCACUUUCCUUGCCCUGCGUAUUACUUCCUAUAAUGGGCAAUUUUGACGAAUCCACCACCAAGUUCUGUGUUGGCUGCGUCACAGAGGCCUUGGAUUACCUUCAUCGUAAAGGGAUCUUGUACAGAGACCUGAAACCUGAGAACCUCAUGUUGGACACAGACGGAUAUAUUAAAGUGGUGGACUUUGGAUUUGCGAAGAAGAUCAGAUGUGGUCAGAAGACCUGGACCUUCUGUGGAACACCAGAGUACGUGGCUCCAGAGAUCAUCCUGAACAAAGGACACAACUUCAGUGUGGACUUCUGGUCUCUGGGAAUCCUGGUCUUUGAGCUGCUCACAGGCAGUCCUCCAUUCUCAGGAAGUGAUCAGAUGAUGACAUACACAUUGAUCCUAAAAGGCAUUGAGAAAACAGACUUCCCAAAGAAGAUCUCGAAGAGACCAGAGGACCUCAUACGGAAGCUGUGCAGGAAAAAUCCCACAGAGAGACUUGGAAACCUGAAAAAUGGAAUAACAGACAUCAAGAAACACAGGUGGUUCAAUGGUUUCAACUGGGAGGGACUGAAGACCAGGACUGUGGCUUCUCCACUGAAGAGAGAAGUCUCAGGACCAACCGACCUCAGCUACUUCGACAGCUACUCUGCAGACGACCACAGUCCACCUGAUGAGCUGUCUGGCUGGGACGCAGACUUCUAGGUCGAUGGUUUGAAGCCAGGUUGGCUUAGAACAAAUUGUUUGUCAACGAACUUUGGUUUUACGUUUAGUUCACUGGUCAACUGUAAAAAAAAAAAAAAAAAGACUACUCCCAGACCAAA